UCCGCAGCCCUUUAGCAAAGAGAGAGAGAGAGAGCAGCUGGAGGGGAAGGGAGAGUUACUGUUAGUUUCACACCUACUGCUGCUCAUUAACCUGAGAGCUGUAAGUACUCCUGAGAUGUCUCCAUUCUCAGCCUUGCGAGUGGGAGGUCUCCUGGCCAGACGAGGGAUAGCUGCGAACAUCGGUGUGCGGGCUGCUCAUGGGCACGAGAUUUCGAAACAGGAAGACCUAUCUCUGCCGAUGUACUGGGACCGCAGGGACACACCUUUGCCUGACAUACCGUUCCAAAAGGCCCUGACGGCAGCCCAGCAGUCCCUCAAGCAGAAAGAGCUGGGCUCCUGGAAGAACCUCUCGGAGGAGGAGAAGAUCGCCCUGUACCGCCUGGCGUUCAACCAGACUUUCGCAGAGAUGAAAAAGCCAACCCAAGAGUGGAAGACUGUGGUGGGAGGCGUGCUGAUCUUCAUCGGCCUCACCGGGCUGGUAGUGUGGUGGCAGCGGGUCUUCGUGUUGCCACCCCAGCCGCACACCCUGAAGGAGGAUUGGAUUGCAGCGCAGGCCAAGAGGAUGAUUGACAUGCGAGUCAAUCCAGUCGAGGGCUUCUCCUCCAGUUGGGACUACGAGAAGAACCAAUGGAAGAAGUAGAAGAGGAGGAGAAGGAGGGCAGCCUGUAUUACUCUCACUGUUCACCUGAUUGACGUGUACGCUGUGAGCACGCUGUAACCCACGUUCACUUAGUCCUGCCACUCACUAAGAUUUUGAUCCAGCACAGUGUAACGUUUACCCCAUGUCUACCUUUUCAGAACAAGAAAUAAACUGUUAAUUUCAAAAGCUUCUUUGUCACAUUUUCAAUAGUUUCUUUCUAGUUUUGAAACAGUGAAGUUUAUUUCUCUUAGGAAAGUACUUUUCAUUGUGGUGGUGGGGGGGCUUUUAGAGUCAAAUUCUUUUUAAAAACUCCUCACUAAAUGAAAUCUUUGUUUGUGGUUCUUUCUGUAGAAUGCACCUUAGUGAAUUCUGAAGGGAGUUUUUCAGACCGUUGGGUGACCUGCAUAAAUGGCUGACUCAAACGAGAAAUUUUCCUCUUUCAUUCGGCCUCUCUGAUUUGUACUAAAUAAAGAAUACAAAGUCUAACCUGA